CGAGAGGCAAGCCUCUUGAUUUCCUAAAGCGUAAUGUUCACAUUAGAGCCUGAUUUUGAGACCCCGAGCCCGUCCGUGAGUUUCCAAGCAUUUCGGGUUGAAAAAUGCACUGUCGGGACACACACCAUACUAUGGCUGUAGAGUCUUUCUGUGUCGGGCCGGGGACCAGAGCACUAUGAUUUCUUCGCAAUUUCUCUCGACAGUUCAACGUUAGACAAUCUAUAGAAAUGUACAGAACAGUCAGCAAACGGCUUUGGAGGACUUAGAGCAUGCUUUCCGGGUAUAUCGAUCCAUCUCCCGGACCACGGCCGGGCGCGGACGCGGGCACAGAGACUGGUUUCACGGGGUGUGCUGUUUCCACAACAGAAGAAAAGACAACGACGAACAGCUUGUCCAGCUAUUUGACUUCCCGCAUCAAAGUCGAUCUACUCAUCGAGAUUCACCUGUUGGUUCUGACACUCAGCACGGGGAUCCAAGAUGCCAUCAGCUUUCCGGACUUUGCAUGCUUCGCCUCGAAUCAGACAGGAAACACGGUGCUGCUGGCCGUCGGACUGGCAGGGUACAAUGGAGGCUUCUUUCAUUUUGAUAUCAUAGGCAUCAGUCUCGCACUCUUCGUGGCCGGUGCAGCGUUGACCGGCCACAUCGGCCAUGCGGUUGGCUCCCGUCGACGCGUCUGGUUGCUCUGGACCAACAUUGUACAGACGGCCAUGGUCUUUGGAGCGGCUGCCAUACAGUUUUCGCACGGCGUGCAGGAGACGGGGAGUUGGGCACAGGCCGCCAUCGCCCUUCUGGCUUUUGCUUCGGGCGCUCAAGUUGGCGCCAGUCGUGCAAUGCAGAUUCCGGAAAUCACUACCGCAAUGGCCACCGCGGCUUGGGUCGACUUGGUCAUCGAUGCCAAUAUUCUGGUGCUGAAGAAUCGCCCGCGGAACCGGCGUGUUUUCUUUCUCGCCUUCCUCGUGGCCGGAAGUUUCAUGGGCGCAUUCAUGAGGUUGAGGAUCGGGUCCGCUUGGGCUCUUGUCGUUUCAGCAUUGGGGAAGCUCUUGGCUACUUUGAUGUUGCUGUUCAGCAGGGCAGAUGAGAGAGGUUGAAGUCGAUACAUACGUUGAUCCUGCUGAGGAAACUAUAAUAAUAAGAAUGACUGCGAAACACGCAAACUAUACUUUGUCUUAUUAAC